ACAGGCCGGGGCGGGGAGGAGGUGGCCGCCUCUCGCCGCUCUGGCUUUCUUGGCUCCCCCGGUCCCGGAUGGUGACGGCGGCGCGGGGAGAUGCUGGACGGGGCGGCCCUGUCGAGGCACGCGUGGCGCCCGCAUGCUUUGCCCUGCGCGCCCUGGAACCCUUUGGGGCUGGAGUCUCCCGCGUCCCUGUCGCCGCGCGCCCUGCCUGCCGUGCCCGGGCCCGCACGCCAGGAGCGCGGCUCGCUCCGUGCUCCGCCCCGGAGACCAAAUGUACUGACGAUUUCGCGCGCUGUUUAAUUAGCUAGAAGUUCUAAUGUGGCGUUUUUAUGUUUUUAAUGCAGAGACCAGUAAUCCGUUAUGGAGCAUGCUAUUACCCCGUUGGAACCCCUGCUUCCCACUGGGAGUUUGAAAUACUGCCUUGUGAUUCUGAAUCAGCCUUUGGACAAAUGUUUUCGUCAUCUUUGGUGCAAAGCUCUUUUAAGAGCCUGUGCUGAUGGAGGUGCCAACCGCUUAUAUGACGUCACGGAAGGAGAGAGGGAAAGCUUUCUGCCUGAAUUCAUCAGUGGAGACUUUGAUUCUAUUAGGCCUGAAGUUAGAGAAUACUACGCCAUUAAGGGAUGUGAAAUUAUUUCAACUCCUGAUCAGGACCAUACUGACUUUACCAAGUGCCUUGAAGUGCUCCAAAAUAAGAUAGAAGGAAAAGACCUACAGGUAGAUAUGAUUGUGACCCUGGGAGGACUUGCUGGACGUUUUGACCAGAUUAUGGCGUCAGUGAGCACUUUGUUCCAAGCAACUCGAAUCACUCCUUUGCCAAUUAUAAUAAUCCAAGAGGAGUCUCUCAUCUAUCUGCUCCAGCCGGGAAAGCACAAAUUGCAUGUCGAUACUGGAAUGGAAGGUGAUUGGUGUGGCCUCAUUCCUGUUGGACAGCCAUGCAAUCAGGUUACGACAACAGGCCUAAAGUGGAACGUCAAAUACUGUUCUUCAUGCCUUCCUAUCUUCCGAUGGAUCUCCCACAUCGUAUCAUUUGAGUCUCAGCUAAGAUGUUACUUCUUCAUGGAGACUGUUUCUCCAAAUCAUAGGAUUAGUUUCGGAACACUGGUCAGCACUUCCAAUACCUACGAUGGAUCUGGUGUUGUGACUGUGGAAACAGACCAUCCCCUCCUCUGGACCAUGGCCAUCAAAAACACCCAUGACUGACCUCCACAGCUGUGCCUCUGACCUCAUUUGCCAACAACUUCAUGCUCCACAAGAACAGUUCACCUUGGUUGGCAGGAAUCUAAACCUGUCCCUGAGAAGCCUGCUAGUUUUAAAUAUGUUUAAAUAUGUUAUAUUCAUAAACAUUAUGAAUGACAGAUCUCAAUUGUACAGUGACGGGGGGAAAUCAUUAUUUCUUAAGAAAGUAAAUUACACUCAGUUGGAAAACUAAUGUGGAUUAUUCCACUCUAAAAUUCAGGACUGAUCAUUCUUAUGUUAUUAAUCAUUCCAUGUAUCCUAGAAAACUGUUGGCUUUUAUUUUUGCGGUACGCGGGCCUCUCACUGUUGUGGCCUCUCCCGUUGCGGAGCACAGGCUCCGGACGCGCAGGCUCAGCGGCCAUGGCUCACGGGCCCA